UGGCUAUUUCUUAAUAUUCGGAAGAGUCUUCCAUUGUCUCGUGGCUACUACUUACCUUCCGCCUACAUUGAAGCCUACGCUAUCCUGGAUCCUACAUUAUCGUGUCGGUGGCGGAUCGGAAAGCCAAAAGACUUGAAUUAAAGAUCUAGCUAAAGCAACAAUUGAAUCUUUGAAACAAACCGCUGUUUUUUCUCUCUCUGAAUCUGGGUAUUUGUCUGAUCUAUAAUGGGUUGGAGGUACAAGGCUGGCUUGUUCUUGAUAAGUACUGUUGUUGUUAUUUGGGUGACCUCUGCAGAAGUAACCCAGGAUAUUUUUACUGACUAUAAGCAGCCAUUUGCUGUUACAUAUCUCGGAGCUUCUCUUAUGGUAAUUUACAUUCCAGUAGCCUUUAUAAAGGACUGGAUAUGUAACUGGCUAAGACGCCGUUCUUCUAAAACUGUUAAAGAUAUAGAAAGCUUAGACGAGACUUCCACUGAACUUAAUUCUCCUCUAAAGCACAAAAUAUAUGAAAUGGAACUUCAAGGGACUUUGGUUAGGAAGGACAUUGAUGCAGAUCUUUCACCUCGCAUAGAGGGUAAGCCGCUGGUUCCUAAACAGAAAGAUGAAUUGCAGUUUAAGAAACAGGACACAGAGCUUUCCACAAGGGAGAUUGCUACCUUUGGAUUUUAUAUUGCGCCUAUCUGGUUUGUAACAGAGUAUUUAUCGAAUGCUGCUCUUGCGCGUACAAGUGUAGCAAGUACAACAGUACUGUCCUCUACUUCAGGACUUUUUACACUUUUUAUUGGUGCUUUACUGGGCCAAGAUUCGUUAAAUGUAGCAAAGGUGGUUGCUGUAUUUGUCAGCAUGGCUGGUGUUGUUAUGACCACUCUUGGAAAAACUUGGGCUGCUGACGAUUCAAUAGGAUCUGCCAAUGGGAAACGCUCUCUUGUUGGCGAUCUUUUCGGCCUUCUCUCUGCUAUAUCAUAUGGGUUAUUUACAGUGCUGCUUAAAAAGUUUGCAGGUGAAGAAGAAAAGGUCGAUGUCCAAAAGUUGUUUGGAUACAUUGGACUCUUUACACUUGUAGCACUGUGGUGGCUGGUUUGGCCUUUGACGGCCUUGGGGAUAGAACCCAAAUUUACGGUACCACACUCUGCUAAACUGGAUGAAGUAGUCCUUGCAAAUGGCUUUGUUGGAAGUGUCAUCUCCGAUUAUUUUUUGGCCUUGUGUGUUGUGUGGACGACUCCUCUAGUAGCAACAUUAGGCAUGUCACUUACCAUCCCACUCGCGAUGGUGGCUGACAUGCUCAUCCACGGCCGUCAUUACUCGGCAAUUUACAUUCUCGGCUCGGCUCAGGUGUUUGCUGGAUUUGUAAUAGCAAAUGCUUCGGGUUGGUUGACAAGAAAGCUGGGAUUGUAGCAGUUGUGGAAAUCAUCAAUCGUAUAGCUCAAAUCAGAACACAAUCCAUUCUUUAUCAGGAGCCCUCGUCUCCUUUCAUUUGUUGUGUACACUUUGUUUAAAGCUUUGGUUUGUUGGCAAAAAAUGCUGAAAGUAAUGUUAUCUUGUA